CACCCCGCCUGCUACUAACACACCACUAAAUGAAAAUGGGUUCACUAAAACAGAAGAAAACAUGCAGGUUUAACAGCUAGGAUUGACCAAAGGAGGUUAAUGGAAUUAGCUGGUGAGAUGGGAGAUGCUUUCAAAGCUAUUGCAGGAGAACUUGGUUUUUCACAAGGGCAAAUUCAGACAUUUGAAGCUAAUAACAAAACUAAUCUAAUGAAUUCGAGAUUCGAUUUAUUGGUUAGUUGGCAAAACAGAUUGAGUGAUGGUAAUGCGCAACAGAUUCUGGCAAAGGCACUGCGGAAUGUGGGAAGAAAUGAACUAGCUGAAACAGUUGAAAACUGGGAGAAAGAAAUUGGAUACAUUGAAAAGCCUACCAUGAAGUCUAACAUACCACCUAAUGUGAAUGGCUUCACUGAAACUGAAGAAUAUUCAAAAUGUUUCGAUCACAUGAAGAAAACAAAAAAAUGUGUAGUAUUGUCAGGACUAAGCGGCGUUGGUAAAACAGAGAUUGUGAAGCGCUGUUGGGAUGUGAAGCAGAAUGACUAUGAUAUUGGCUGGUAUAUACCGAGUGAUUCUAAACAAAACUUGACAAUUUCGCUAAAGAAACUGCUCGAGAAUCUUAAGAUAUCAAUUCAAAUCGAAACCGAGACGACAGAUUCUCAGGAAUCUCAAUUUCUCAACUAUGUUUAUAAAACGCUAAUCAGUGAAGUAAAAAGGAAAUACUUGUUAAUCUUUGACAAUGUCGGUAAAGAAACCUGCCGCGAAAUAUACCAAUACUUCCAACCAACGGAGAAUAUAUCUAUUAUGGUAACAACUCAGUCCUCAUGCCAUCCCGCCGAGCAGGGUAACGACUCGAUCGUCAUCCAUAUCGACGGUUUUAACCUUGAUGAGGCACUUGAGUGUCUAAGUGAUGUUGAUGACAAGAAGGGAAAAAAAGUAAAGCUUUGGAAAGAGAUGAGUAAACUUCCCAGUGCGAUACGUGGCGCCAAGUUCUACAUUAACAAAUACAAAAUAAAUAUUGAUGAGUUCCUCCGUCGAAUCAAGAAACCAAAUCUUUAUAAAAUGAUAGAAAACGAUGCUCUUGGGAUUUUAGGCCCAAAUUACCCGCAACCUCCCAUCCAGGCACAUGUGGAAAUUGUUACAGCCUUGUUAAAAGACCUAGUUCAAGAAGAAUUAAAAAUGGGAGUGGUGUUACUCAAAGCAAUGGCAUAUUUGGACUCGAAAGCAAUUCCAUUAUUUAUCUUGAGUGACAUUUUGCAUCAGGCAUACACAGAUAAUAAUAUGUCCUUGGAAGAUAAGGAUACUGUGGUUGACACUAUUUUCAUGGGCAAACUGACGGAUCGAUCCUACGCCACAAUACGUGAUGAUACGGAGAUGGGAGAAAAAGUUCGUUGUGUUGAUACGCACGACCUAGUCCAGUUGGCUAUACGUAUUGUGAUGCAAAAAACGCCAAAGGACAACGAGGCAUUGCAGAUACUAAUGCGGGUACUUUUCUGUUACUUUGACAAAGACACUAAGCAUACGAAAUCUUACAACAGAAACCUUAUGCUAAUGCCCCAUAUAGAGACAGUGUUAAAACACGCUCAAAACAAAGCCAUGACCUCCGAUAUUAAGGUGAUGGUAGUUGCCAUAAAUGAUGCACUUGGGUAUUUUUACACACAGAAGGACUUUGGACUGAGAGAGGAAGCAGAAAAGAAAUUACAAGCAAACAUAAGUCUGCUUGGUGAAGUGCUUCAUCUUGAAAAUAUACUAUCGGAAGAACAUCCUAGUAAGCGACGACGAAGUGAAAAUUUGAAUGACAUUGAUAUUGGCCAAACAGAUUUUGACCAGUCAACACUUGCUCGAGAUAUAUACGGCAAACUUGUGACAUUGAAAGAUGAAUUGGGCAGCAAAGUGAUAGAGCAACUUUUGCUCAGUAUUAGCCUAAACGAGGCUGAUAUUAAGCAAAUGAAAAUCAAAUCAGGUAAAAAGCUUCCCAGUUUUUUAUCAGGGAACAAAAUCGACAAGGCCAUUUACAAAACUUUGGUUGAGUCAAAACUGGCAAUACCCGAGGAAACAAUGGAGAAAAUGUAUCUUCCAGAGUUGUACGCAUCCGUUUUAUACACAUUUGGCCGAAUGUAUUUCUACAACAAACAAAAGCACGACAAGACAAAACCCAAUAAAAAUACCUUCAUAACUGCAAUAAGACUUGCGUCUGCCCUGUGUCGUGUUAUUGAAGAAGAAACAGGUUAUAUUGUUCUUCAUAGCAUAUUAUGCAAACGUAAUGCACUUCUAUACCUUUACUUAGAAGAUGUUGAUGAAGUAGGGCAGCUGAAAACACCAGAGGUAAAACUUGGAGACUUGUAUAAUGGUAAGACUGCCUACAAAACCCUUCUGAAGCGUAAUACUAGCGAGAACUGGUACCAGCGUGGUAUUCUUAAAGAAACAUAUGCAAAGGACGUAGGAAGUAUACACCGCUGUGUUUGUCUCGAAAGGGGAAUAACAUUCGGUACAAAUAUAUUGAGACAGGAAAAAGAUGUAACAAAGCGGUGUAAAAUGGCAGCUGAGGUAGAAGAGGAUAUAAAAGCGCUUAAAAGUGAAAUGUCCCUCAAAGGCGACCUUUCUAGCAUCCCAGAUUAUCAUAUUGUGAUCGCCGACUUUUAUGCAGAAGUCAAAAAUUGGAUGGCAGCUUUGAAUGAAUAUAAGCAUGCUAUUGACCGAUUUCAGGGUAGUCUGAGUAGAAAGGAUUCAAACAAACGAUGGAAAGAGUACGAUCGGGCGGUGGAAGGUUUCGAACGUGCUGCCAAGGAAAUGGUGACCACAGUUAAAGAGGAACGCGAUCAGUUAAAACAGUUUAAACACA